AUGGCAGUAACCCUUCGUAUGGUUGUUGCUGUUCUUGGGAAUGUUGCCUCAAUGUCUCUUUAUGCUGCACCAACGGUUACCUUCAAAAGGGUUAUAAGGAAGAAAAACACAGAGGAGUUUUCUUGCAUUCCUUAUAUCAUAGCACUGUUGAACAGUCUCCUUUACACUUGGUAUGGAUUGCCAAUAGUAAGUAACAAGUGGGAAAAUUUCCCUCUGGUCACAGUUAAUGGAGUUGGGGCUCUCUUUGAGCUAUCUUACGUUCUCAUCUAUUUCUGGUUUUCUUCUCCCAAAGGAAAGGUGAAGGUGGCCAUGACAGCAGGAGCAGUUCUUACAGUGUUUGGUGUUAUUGCCAUUACAUCAGCUUUUGCCUUCCCAGAUCACCAUCACCGAAAGCUUCUCGUGGGUAGCAUAAGCUUGGGGGUUUCAAUAGCACUAUAUGCAUCGCCUUUGAUUGCAAUGAAGAAAGUGAUUGAAACCAAAAGUGUGGAAUUCAUGCCAUUGCCUUUGUCUUUGAGCUCGUUGCUCACAAGUUUACUGUGGAUGACUUAUGGACUCCUCAUUCGUGAUAUUUUCGUUGCGGGGCCAAAUGUGGUUGGAACUCCAUUGGGAAUACUGCAGCUGGUUCUCCACUGCAAAUACUGGAAGAGGAGACCCGCUGAAGAUUCCAACAAGCAAAAUGGGGAUGCAGAGAAGGUGGACAUGGAAAUGGGACAUGGUAAGACUGUUCUUAAUAACUGA